AUGAAGGCUGACAGAACUUUCUUGAUUUUGACCGCGCAAGUCUGGAUUUAUUUCUGGAGACGUAGAAUUCGAUCUCGGGAGAACAGGCGGAGCAAAGCUCUGAUUGCCUUCAUCUGGUUAAUGCAAGCUGCUCAAAUGGCAAUUACCACUCGGCUAUCGUCCAUUCAUACAAUGGAGUUAGAUGAUACACCCCAUUUCUAUGGCUAUAUGGCGACCGACUGGGCGCUUUACACCGCAAUAUGUUCCUUCACCACGUCCCUUGUGCAUGGCGUCUUCAUAUCUAGGGUUUUCAGUCUUGAGAAGAGUCUCUAUGGCAAACGGAGAAUAAUGUUUGUUCUGAUUGCAUUUUGUGUCAUGGAGCAAGCUUUUGGUCUUCUUAGUGCAGUCUUCAUUGCUAAUCUCAGUGAUCAUUUCGACUACAAUGUCAUGAUUAUUUGGUCUAUCUCGAUCUCGCUUGGUUGUUCAGCAAUCAGUGAUGUUCUUAUCGCUGGAACUUUGGUCUAUAUUCUCUGCAAAUACAGGACCGCAUCGCCAGGGUGA